AUGUUUUUAUCUUUAUAUUCACUAUUAAUUAAUCUUAAUAUAUUUCCACGACGAGUUUUUCCCACUGAUAUUGAUCAAAUGACAUUCAAACGUCUUGGUCAAUGGUCAACGCGUCUCUACAUUGGUUUUCUCGUCACAAGUGUUGCACUGAUCAUGUUCUAUGUUGUAAUUUGGCCACAAACUCUAACAAAAACUGUCAACAAACCAUCUCUUCAUACCUACAACGAUCUUAUCAAUGAUCAUCCCAAUACACUUCAAUGUCCUUGUACGUUCAUUUCAUCGAUGUAUAAACAACUUAUCAAAAUAGAACCAGUGUUUCAUCAGAUUUGUUCAAGUCCAUUUGCCUCGGAUGAAUGGCGAAGAAAUGUUACAGCUAAUAUUCCAUCAGACUUAUUUCCCUAUGCUCUGACAGAUUAUCAUCGAUUUUUCUCAGCUCAUUUUCAUUUCCUCACUGAAUUAUGUCAAACUUCUAUGCAAUUGAUCAAUACUUCUGUCAAUCAAUUUCUUUCUUCACUAUGGGCCAGUGCUCAACUCCUACCACAAACAACUUUUCAUACACGCAUUGAUCUGCUCAUUGAACAGAAUAAAUUAGAUGCCCCUAAAUUAUUCUCACGAGUUUUCUCUUUACUUCGAAGUACGAAUCAUAGAAAUGCAUUCAUGUCAGCCUAUGGAACCAACUACGAUUAUAUUCUUAAUCGAUAUGACGCGGGCUUAUUUACUCUUUCGCGUACUCAAGCAAAGAUCUAUAACGGUAACUGUUCAUGUGCAUUAAACUCAAGCUGUACAAUACAAGCUCAUUUCAUCAAAAUGAAUUCAUCUGACACUGUUCCAAUCAAAGGUUUGAAAAUGGGUUGUACACCAAGUGAAUCAUUUCUUGCUUCUACUCUUGAAUGCUUCUAUGAUCCUACGUGUAUUGAUCUCAUUUAUGAACAGAUGAAUUAUCCAAAUAACAAUAAUUCUAUUCCUCUUUCUAUACCUAUGAAUCAAUUCUCAGUCAAUACUACCAUGAUCGAUCUCAUCAAUAACUUAUUUGUUCAGGAUUGGUUAACAACAAUAAAUUACUCAUCAUACUUUGAACAAUGUUCGCCAUAUAUGUGUUCCUAUACUUAUGUCGAAAAGAUUAACUUAAUCUACAUGAUAACUCUUCUACUGAGUCUUUACGGUGGUCUGACAAUCGUUUUCAAAUGGAUUUGUCCAUUAAUAGUUCAACUUGUGUUCAAAUUAUUUUACUGUUGGAAAAAGAAGAGAAAUAUUGUCGUUCCUGAAAGCACUAUUGAAAUGUCAACUGUUCAAACUAAUAUAACAUCAUCUGAUUUUACAAGUGAUCGCAACCGCACAACUGAUUUAGAAUCAAUACCUACGGUCCUGACAUAUCAGUAA